UCGACGUUCCCCCCUGGAGAGCUCGGGAGCUCGAGGAUUGGGAGCUCCACCGUCAAAAUUGCCCCCCGAAUUGCUCGCGCGGCGUACCAGCUUCUCGGCACACGGCGCGCGCGACCCCCGUGGAGAUGUGCGUGAGCGAUUUCUAGUGCCGGCAUUGCAAUGGCGCACUGUGUUAGCUUGCACCAAGCCACAGGGUGUGCUUCUUCUGUCAGAGACAUCGUGGGAGUGCCAAGUCUGAAUUUCUGCCCAGCUCGCCAUGCCGUGAGCCUAUCUCCGGCCCGCAGGUCCCGAAAGCAGAGCUUCGUGUUUUUGAAGUCCGAGCGGGUGUCAGCAGGUCCUAGCUCCUGUCGCUCCAGGACAUCGAUACGCUGCAGCAGCCAUGAAGAAGGCGAGGCCCAAUUAAACGUCGAAGAAUCCGACGAAUUCGAGCGCAGUUUCCAACCAUACGGCAUCCCGGAGAUGACGAUGCCGGACAGAUGGGACGUCGUUGGCCUGGGACAAGCCAUGGUGGACUUCUCGGGAAUCGUUGAAGAUGGAUUUCUGCAAGGCUUGGGCCUUGUGAAAGGUACCAGGAAGGUGGUAAACCACGAGGAAAGGGGAAACUGCAUAAGGGCACUAGAUGGUCGUAACUACAAGGUGACUGCGGGUGGUUCGCUCUCCAACACCCUUGUAGCGCUUGCAAGACUUGGGGCGGGAUAUAAUGACGAGCCGAGUUUGAACGUGGCCAUGACAGGAAGUGUGGGAAGUGAUGCCCUUGGUGACUUUUACAGGACAAAGUUGAAAAGGGCAAACGUCCACUUCUUAUCCGAACCCAUCCCUAAUGGCACAACAGGGACGGUUAUAGUCCUCACCACCCCGGAUGCACAGCGGACGAUGCUUUCCUACCAGGGUAUGUCCUCUUUAAUCAAUUAUGACGAGGCUCUAGAAGAGCAAAUAGCGAGCUCAAAGAUACUCGUGGUUGAAGGAUAUCUUUGGGAAUUAUCCGAAACUGUAGAAUCUAUCGCGAAAGCAUGCCAAUCUGCACGCGAAAAAGGCAUAUUGGUUGCCCUUACUGCAAGUGACAUUUCUUGUGUAAAGCGCCAUCGGGAGAAGAUGUGGAAGGUUAUGUCCGAAAGUGCGGAUAUGAUAUUCUGUAACAGCGAUGAAGCCAGAGCUCUACUAAACGGUGACGGAAACAUGAGUCCGGCUAUGGCUGCAGAAAUACUCAGCAAGUUUUGCCAUCUAGUAUCAGUCACCGAUGGAGCUCGGGGAUCGUACAUAGGCCUGAAGGGGGAAGUAUCGUAUGUACAACCUGCCCCUUGCGUGCCUGUAGAUACUUGCGGAGCGGGCGAUGCUUACGCAGCAGGAGUGCUUUACGGUAUUCUGAGGGGAAUCCCUCAUCUGAAAGGCAUUGGUAAUUUAGCGGCGAGAGUGGCGUCUGUGGUUGUUGGUCAGCAAGGUACUCGACUCAGAGAAGAGGAUGCCAAAGAGCUGUCCUCUUCUGUGCCUACUUUCGCAUGCAUGCCCGUGGGUCUGAUCAAUCUCACGGCUCAUGAGGAGCAGAGUGUGAAUGCUUGAACACAGAUGGUCAUAUCCUGCACUCAUAGGGAGCCCAAACUACUCUGCUUCUCUCGCUCCUUAUGGUCUUCAAUAUCAACGGUUGUGAAUACAGGGCGUCUGUUGCCAAAAGCGUACGCAGGGCCGCAUCAUCUCGUAGACCGUGACAGUAAAUUAAGGUCUGAGGAUUUUCCUUGCACAUAGUGGACUCACGAUUAGCCUGAGCUCAGAAUGUUAAUGCUAUUGACCCAUUUAUUCAUGAACAAGCGUAGAAAGAAGAGUAACCCUUGAAAAUCAUUUUGGGUUGUCUCUGGAGACUAGCUCCAUAAUCAAAGCAGGAAGCAAAGGUCUGAUCGGGGCAAAGGUACUCUUGUCCCAUUCAGUCGGUACCAGUUCCAGUUCACAUCGGGGGAUCGGGUGGUGAGACCUCAAACAGUCUAGGAAUUUGCUCAUCUGUUGAGCGUCAAGGCACUACGUGGCUGUCUACCACCGUAGUGUCUAGAUCCAUUGUAUCAAACAUCAAUUCCGAACACUAUUCUAGGCGUUGGUUCAGAAAACGCAUCAUUGACAGCAUCUAUCUCCCAGGUUUGCAGAUUUGGAGAUCUUGAUGAUUCUUUUCACAGCGUUCCAUCUCAGAUCUCUUGAUAAAAUCCAUCUGCAUCGAACUAAGAUCACGCUUAGUUUUGGAUAUAGCAAAACAUGACAUUGUGAGUAAAGUUUCUCGUUGUUGUCAGAGGU